AUUUAUUAAACAGAACUCAGGUUAGCCACCCCAUUAUAGCCAGUAACGCUAGGGGCGCUACAUAAAUUGGAGGCACCGCUGGGAUUAUUGAGUGGGUUCUGAAUAAUUAACGUGUUAAGUAGUGAUAAAUUACAACAUGGCAAGCCGAGCAGAGCUAGCAUUAGAGCUGGUGAAGCUUUAGAUGAAACUCGUGCACUUAUGGUUAUCAGCCCAGAUGACGUGAGUGUAAGUGAUGUUGAAGAUAUGCUUCAGAAGGUGAAGAGCUGGGGCCGUGUUCGUGUCAGAGGCCGGAUUUUUAGCCUGCAGCACAAUAAUUAUAUGGUCUUGUGUGAAUGUAAAGAAACGGUUAGAGGAGAGAGUGUUCCUUCCGAAAUUGUUCCUGAUACUGGUGGUGAACCAUGGCCUAUCAUCAGAGCAGAUGAGUGCACACAAAAGGAUGUGCCAGGGUUUAAUCAGAAGUUAGCAGGACUACUGCAGGCUGAAGGUAAAACCUUGGAUGAUCUUCGCACUUUCUCUAACACCUCCAACCAAACAGAGGCGAUAUUGCGAGCUGUGUCAGAUCUUCUGGAUAAGACCUCUAAGCCCUCAAGUGAACAUGUCAGCUAUCGCUGACUACGAUUUUUCUCUGGAAUGUUGCCCACUCCAGCAGGGGAAGAACAGUUUGACCACUGGCUGGAGCAGGCCCGUGUCAUGGUGGAGGAAUGUGACUGCUCCUUCAAAGAGAAAAAACGGAGACUGAUGGAAAGUCUUAGAGGCCCAGCACUAGAACUUGUUAAAGCUGUGAGAGCUAGUAAUCCAGAUGUGAGUCCUGAAGACUGUAUAGAGGUUCUUGAGCAUGCUUUUGGUACAGCAGAGACAGGAGAUGACUUGUACUUUGCAUUUCGUUCAUUGCAGCAGCAAGCUGGUGAGAAGCUCUCUGAUUUCCUUAGACGGCUUGAACAGUCACUAAAUAAAGUGGUCCAGAAAGGUGGUCUUCCUCCUGCAUAUGCCGAUAAAACAAGAUUAGAACAGUUAUUGCAAGGUGCUAUAGCUUCCGACUUGAUGUUGGUCAAUCUCCGAUUAAGAGAAAGGAAAGCAAAUCCGCCCACAUUUCUCGAAUUAUUGAAGGAGAUACGUGAAGAGGAAGAAUAUGAAGCCUCAAGGAGAAAGAUUAGUCCUGCUGUGCAAAGUGCCUGCAUCAGACAGGAGAUGGAGGUAAAGCAGACUGAACUUCAACACUUGAAAUCUGAGAUAAAAGAGCUCAAGUCAUUAGUUGCUGCUGUGGUGUCAAAGCCAGCUCAAGUUAGAUCCGACCAUGUAGAGAAAUCUACCCUGACUACACCUAGUGAAAACAGUUCUGACAGUGAAGUAUUAGCAUUGAAAAAACAAAUGAAGCGUCUACAAAGGAAAUUCAUACAGAAUGUUGAUGAAUCACAAGCUGCAGUUUCAGCCAUAAAUUCCUCAAAACCAGUGGCCAGUUCUCCAAGAAAAUCAUUCAGGGGUUCAGAUCAACACUUCUGUUAUCGAUGUGGCUGAAACGGGCAUUUUGCUGCGAAGUGUCAAAACCCUGAAGAUCAGUCAAAAGUCAUUAAAAAGCUCAUUCAAGCAUUGAAAGUUUCAAAGAACAGCCAACAGCCAGGUGAAACCACCGCUAGUGGUUUGAAUUGCACAGUGAAGAACAAUACCAUUGAAAAGCCAGUGGGUACAGGAGUUCCUGAUGGCCUGGUUGGCCCACCUAGCAUAGUGCCAUUGAGAAUAAAUGGAAAGCCUUGCACUGCUCUGCUGGACAGUGGCUCACGGGUGACGAUCAUUUUUGAGCAUUGGUAUGAAAAACACUUGUCCGAUACACCGAUACAGCCUGUUUCUGGUUUGUCACUUUGGGGUUUGAGUGAAUCUAGUACAAGCUACCCUUACCGUGGUUAUGUAGUGGUAGACUUAGAAUAUCCAGCGGAGGUGCUUGGGACCAGCCAGGUCGUAACACUUCUUGCUCUCAUAUGUCCCAGUUCUAGAGCCGAAGACCAAACACCAGUUAUUGUUGGUACAAAUGCUAGUCACGUCAGACGGCUAGUGAAACAAUGUAGGGAAAAUGGUAUUGAUGUCACCCAAACCCUUGGCAUUUCUGUUAAUGUACAGGAAGAUGAACCUGCACACAAUGAGUUCAAUGCUUCUGCCCAAGGAGAUGAAGAGAUCGGUCAGGUCAGAUGGCAAGGUGCAUGCCCUUUGAUUUUACAGCCAGGAGAUGCUACCCAUGCAGUGUGCAAGGUUGAGUUAAAGAAUCAUGUGGAGCAUGAGAUCCUGAUGGUUGACUCGUCACCAAAAGCUGAUCUUCCUGCAGGUGUAUUUCUUCACCUUAUGGUUGUGCCCAGUGGAGCAUUAGACAUCAAUAGUUUCAGAGUACUGGUCAAGAAUGA